AUUAACUAACCUCUUUACAAGCAAUGAAAAUUGUACUGCUGUGGAACUGACCGGUUAUGAUAGACCACCGCAGUGUAUGCCUCUUUUGAAAACUCUCCACAGCUGGAUUUACCGAAGAUCACCUAAACAACCAAGAUGGGAAAAAAGCAGGGUAUAAAUUGAAGGUCGCCUGGUUUUGCAUUCUGUUGCUCAGACCACAGGGAGAGAGGAAAAGCAGGGGAAGCAAGGGAGAGAACCCAAGCAAGAUCAGAUAGUACCAACUAGCUGCAAAGUCAAAAUGAACCUUGUCUGCUUGUUCUUCCUGGGGAGCAUGUGCACCAUUAAUGCGGCCCAUCGUUUGCAAACGGUCACAGAGACACCGUUUCUUCACAAUGCACAACCGACAGAAGCAAAGUCGCGCUUCGCAAUGCUGGAUGAUGUACGACUGUUGGCUAACGGUCUCCUCCAACUGGGGCAGAGCCUGCGAGAGUUUGUGCACAAGACCAAGGGGCAAAUCAAUGAUAUCUUCCAGAAGCUGAACAUCUUCGACCGCUCUUUCUACCAGCUCUCCGUUGUGACCAGCGAAAUCAAAGAGGAGGAAGAGGAGCUCAAAAAAACGACCUCGUUCCUCAAGUCCAACAACGAGGAAAUCCGAAACAUGUCGCUGGAGAUCAACUCCAAGGUCAACAGUAUUUUGCAGGAGCGCGGCCAGCUUCAGAGCCAAGUCGGGAAUCUAGAGGAAAAGCUGCAAGGCCUGAGCCAAAGCGUAGUGCCCCUAGAACAGCUCCAGGAGAUCGCCGCUCUGAAGGAUGUGAUCGACACUCAAGAGAAAACCAUCAAAGACCUACUGAAGUCUGUAAGAGAACAGCAUGAACAGCUCAACUCCCAGAAAAACAAACUCAAAAGCCUGGAGGAGAAGAUCAAUUAUGACUCUCUUCAAGACACUGUUGAAAAAAUUGCAGAUUCAAACCAAGAAGCUCCAAACCUUCUCAACUAUCUGACAAGUAACUCAACCAACUCAAGCACUAACACAAAUGAUCUUCCUGCAGACUGCAGUGAAGUGUUCAAUAGAGGCCAGAGGAAGAGUGGAGUUUACCCAAUCAAACCCAAUCAAUCCGAGCCAUUCAACGUGUACUGCGAAAUCAACUCAGAAAGAGCAGCCACAGUUAUUCAACGGCGAGUGGAUGGUACAGUGGACUUUGAUCAGACCUGGGACAAAUAUGAGCUUGGAUUUGGAAAUCUGGAACAUGAAUUUUGGCUUGGCUUGGCAAAGAUCUACUCCAUUGCCAGACAAGGGGACUACAUUCUCAGCAUUGAGCUGGAGGACUGGAAGGAUGAGAGGAGAUUCAUUGAGUACAUUUUCACUUUGGAUGGUCCUGCAUCUCAUUACACUAUCCAUCUGACUCAUCUGUCUGGAAAUCUGCCCGAUGCCAUGAGCAACCACACUGGCAUGAUGUUCUCCACCAAAGAUAAGGACAACGACAACCUGGAUGAGUCCAGCUGUGCUCGCAAUUACUCAGGUGGUUGGUGGUUUAACGCAUGCGGUAGCACCAAUCUAAACGGGCGCUACACGUGGAUGCGGUCAAGGAAUCGUACUCUGCGCAGGAAAGGGAUCUACUGGAGACCUGGCAAGGGGAGCUCUUACACCCUCAAAUUCACAAAGAUCUCCAUUAGGCCUUUGUCCCAGUUCCAGUGAACCUGACUAAUCAGGCAACUCUCAACCAAUCAAAAUGUUCACACAGGCAGCAAUGACUGUGGCCCCUUUCUCCUACACUCAGUCCAAAGGUGCUGACUUGUCAUCGAAGCAUGAUGCAACAGGAACAUUUCAUCAACCUGACAUUGAGCUUCAAAUGUACAGAUGUUGCAUGUGUGGUCUUGCGACAGACUUUUACUUUUUGAAUUAUUUAGAAAAUUGCUCAUAGAGAAUGCAAACAGAGCUGAAUGCAUUUUGAAAACUAUAUAUUUGCAACUAUAUACUAAACACCCACAGAAAUCAAACUAGUCUCACAACGCAUCCAUGUUAAAUAGGUUUCACUUUCUUGUUUUUAUACUACAUUUUAACUUAAUAUCAUAUUUAAGCCGUUUUUAUGUUUUGUGCUAGUCAAGAAACAUGAUGCUCUUUUAUGUUACUGAGUCAUAUUGACUCCUGGUUACACAAUGUACACAACCGUUCAGUAAAUGUUCAUUUACAGAUUUGCCCUGAAAAACAGUUAAGGUGCACAAUUUUUAUAACAAAAUAAAUGAAUCCACCCAAUAGCA